CGCAGAAUGGAGGGCACGGCCGUGGCCGUGUGCGAGAUUUUGAAAUAUUUAAUAAUUCACUGGAAGUGUGAAACAGCAGGAGUAUCAAAGGGAACGUUGUUAGAAGGACAGCUAGUGAUUUCCAUAGAAGCAUUAAAUUCUAAGCACCAGACAAAUACUCUUCAUUGUGUAACAACUAUUGCUUCUGCUGGAAGCAUUUAUGGUGGUUUGGUCCUCGAGAAGUUCUUAAAAGAAAUACAAUCUACACUGCCUGGAUUCUCUGCAAAGCUGCCCUGGACUUCAGAGGAAGCCAGCUCUUCUCAGGACAUAUCAGGGGUAACACCCUUCCAGAUGACUUUUGAGGUUCAUGAAAAGCCCAGGAUUUUGAUGACAAAUAGUUUGAUGAUAAAGGAUUUUUUACACAAAAUUGUCAUGGUGCACCCUAAGAUUAGAUUUAAUUUCAAUGUAAGGGUGAAUGGAAUCCUCUCCACAGAGCUCUUUGGGGCUAAGAAUGAACCCACUUUGAACCUGUCGAACGGAAUGGCUCUUGUCGUAAACUAUCAGCAUUAUGUGAGUAGAGCAAAAUCUGGUACAACUGAAUUCUUCUGCAGCAGAAUCCAUCCUGUGCUAGGACCUCCAGUCGUGCUUUUCAUCCCUGAUGAUGUGGCUGGCGUGGACUUGUUGGGAGAGCUGAUCCUGACUCCAGCUGCUGCUCUGUGUCCCUGCCCGAAGGUCUUUUCCAACCAGCUGAAUAGGAUUUCUUCAGUUUCCAUAUUUCUAUAUGGACCUUCAGGUCUGCCUCUCAUAUCACCAAGUCGGGAACAGCCACCUACUACUGUCCUCAAGGAUACCUUUUGUUUCAUUGACUGGAAGAAAUACCACUUGUGUGUGGUGCCCAAUUUGGAUCUUAAUUUGGAUAGAGAUUUGGUGCUUCCAGAUGUGAGUUAUCGGGUGGAAUGCAGUAAGGAGGAUCAGUCUCAGAAUAUGGACCCCCAGGGACAAACUCUGCUGCUUUUUUUCUUUGUGGAUUUCCACAGUGGAUUUCAAGUACAGCAAAUGGAGCUGUGGGGAGUUCACACUUUGCUCACAACUCAUCUCAGUGCCAUCCUCAUGGAGAGCCACAGUGUGGUGCAAGAUUCCAUCGAGGUUGCCGUGGACCAGGCCUUAGAGCAGCAUCACCAGGCUGUCAAGGCUCAUCAGAAACUGCAGACCUCGCUCUCAGUAGCUGUGAAUUCCAUCAUGAGUAUCGUGACUGCAAGUACCAGCAGCAGCUUCCGAAAGAGCUGCUUCCAGGCCCUUCAAGCAGCUGAUACACAGGAGUUUGGGACCAAGCUGCACAAAUCAUUUCAUGAGAUUAUGCAGUACCGAUUUCUUCACCAUGGCUCAUGUGAGGUGAAGCAGCAGCUCCUCCCAGAGAAAAAUGAUGCAGAGCAGAGCACAGAGGAUGCACAUGAGAACAGCAGCCUGGAGUUCCUUGCAGGGACCAGUAGGCAAGUAACAAACAAGAGGCUCAAGAAGGGCAGGCUCCGCCAUGGCGUGGAGGACACGCGGGCUUUCCACUCUGCCAGGGCCCCGAGCCCGUCAGAGGCCGCCCCGCGCCCGGCGGAGCCCACCGUGACCUCCCUGACCCCUAGCAGGGCGAGCCCGGGGAGCGGCCUGGAGGACGCGCUGUGGCUGCAGGAGGUCUCCAAUCUGUCCGAGUGGCUGAGUCCCGACCCUGGGCCCUAAGCCGGGCCCUCUCCCUGCGCGUCCACGCCGACCCGCCGGCGCCGCGCGCCGUCUCCAGUUCAAUAAAGCUGCUUCGCGCGCCCCGUGUCUGUGUCAGUGUCAGGGGCGGGGCGGGGCGGGGCAGGUCCGGGAGCCCGCGCCGCCGGAUGACG